AUGGCACUAAGUUAUGCGGAAGCGCUUUCGCCUUAUCAAAAUAAAGGAAUUUUGGGACUUCCAGAAGUUACCGAAGAUUUAGCUGCGCUGGAACGAAAAGUCGGCGAGUUGGCCGAACUGCUAUUGAAAAGCCGUUGUUGUGUGGUACAUACUGGUGCCGGAAUCAGUACCGCUGCCGGUAUCCCGGAUUUUCGUGGUCCAAAAGGUGUGUGGACAUUGGAAGCAAAGAACGAGAAAUACGAUGAAAAAGCAGCUAUCGACUUUGCGGAUGCACACCCCACAUAUACGCAUUAUGCAAUCAAUGCACUGGAAAGUAGAAAUAUCGUUAAAUUCCUUGUUACGCAAAAUGUUGAUGGUUUGCAUGUUCGUUCGGGAUUCCCGUUAAAUCGUAUUGCCGAGUUGCAUGGGAAUGUUUUCUUGGAGAAAUGUGGCACAUGUCGCAGGUGA